AUUAGGAAAAAUGAAAUAGCAAAUCUGUAUCCAUGUUUCUCUGUAUCUGUACUUGAAAUCUAGAACUGCAGAGAAUCCUUCCGUUUCUGUUUCCCUCCACAGAUCUCUAAAUUUCAUUCUCAUCAAACCCUAAUUUCGGGUUCAUUAUAACUCCCUCGUUAUUCAUUCAUCACCCAACCCAUUUUUCCGAUUUUUUGCUGUCAUUUAUAUUAUUUAAACUUCAAAAUCUGCUCUGAUCGAUGAUUCUGGAACCUUCAUGAGUCUCCCUCUUCGUCAUGGGCCACCACCAUCCUUACCAUGUCUGAGCUGCGUACCCGAACUCGCAGAAACCGACUCGUAGACAACGCAAACGCUAUCCCGAUCAUUCAGCCAGCCUCGCCGGCGGCCACCAGAACUCGACGGAGGAAGACAUCCGCCGCGGCUGCCCGAACACGAAGGAAUCGGGGACAGAACGACACGAUCGCCGCCGCCGAUGAAAUCGUGAAUGAUUGUGCUGUUGUUGUUGCUGUUUGCGGAGCCAGAAAUAGAAAUAAAAAUUUAAAAGACGAGCUGGGAGAGAAAGAGAAUAACAACAAUAAGAUUUCGGUUAGGGUUUUUGAAGAGGAAGACAUGGAUGAAGACGAUAGCCGUGGCCGUAGCGCAGAUAAGGCUCCGGGAGCUGAAGAUGAAGGCAGCACUGCCCCCCUUCCGGAGAAGGUUCAAGUUGGUGGUUCUCCUUUGUAUAAAAUUGAGAGAAAACUUGGGAAGGGAGGAUUUGGGCAAGUCUAUGUUGGUCGGCGGAUAGGACUUUCGGAUUCUAGCGAACGGACUGGUGCCGGUGCCGUUGAGGUAGCUUUAAAAUUUGAGCAUAGAAGCAGCAAGGGAUGCAACUAUGGACCACCAUAUGAAUGGCAGGUUUACAAUGCAUUAGGCGGUAGUCAUGGUGUUCCACGAGUACAUUUCAAGGGACGGCAAGGGGACUACUAUAUUAUGGUAAUGGAUAUGCUUGGUCCCAGUCUGUGGGAUGUUUGGAAUAACAACUCUCACACCUUGUCUACUGAAAUGGUAGCAUGUAUUGCAAUUGAGGCUAUCUCCAUAUUAGAGAAGAUGCAUUCUAGAGGAUAUGUGCAUGGUGAUGUAAAGCCUGAGAAUUUUUUGCUUGGAACCCCAGGAACUCCAGAUGAAAAGAAGUUGUUUCUGGUUGAUCUUGGAUUAGCAACUCGGUGGCGAGAUAGUUCAACUGGCCUUCAUGUUGAAUAUGAUCAACGUCCAGAUGUUUUUAGGGGCACAGUUCGUUAUGCUAGUGUGCAUGCACAUCUCGGUAGAACAGGUAGCAGGAGAGAUGACUUGGAAUCUCUUGCUUACACUCUUGUCUUCCUUCUUCGAGGUCGGCUUCCUUGGCAAGGAUAUCAGGGAGAAAAUAAAGGGUUUUUUGUCUGCAAGAAAAAGAUGACCACCUCUCCAGAAAUAUUGUGUUGCUUUUGUCCUCAUCCUUUCCGGCAGUUUGUUGAAUAUGUAGUUAAUUUAAAGUUUGAUGAAGAACCAAAUUAUGCAAAAUAUAUAUCCCUCUUUGAUGGAAUUGUGGGCCCAAAUCCAAAUAUCAGGCCAAUAAACACCGAGGGUGCUCAGAAGCUUAUAUGUCAGGUUGGGCAUAAGAGGGGGCGUUUGACCAUGGAAGACGAUGAUGAUGAACAACCAAAAAAAAGGGUUCGAAUGGGAAUGUCUGCUACACAAUGGAUUAGUGUUUACAAUGCUCGUCGACCAAUGAAGCAAAGGUAUCAUUAUAAUGUCGCUGAUGUGCGGUUAGCCCAACACAUUGAUAAAGGGAAUGAAGAUGAUUUAUUUAUCAGCAGUGUGGCUUCUUGUUCUGAUCUUUGGACACUCAUUAUGGAUGCUGGUACUGGUUUCACUGAACAAGUUUAUGAACUCUCUUCCAGCUUUCUUCACAAGGAAUGGAUUAUGGAACAGUGGGAAAAUAAUUAUUACAUUAGUGCCAUAGCCGGAGUUUAUACUGGAUGCUCAUUGGUUGUAAUGUCUAAAGGUACCCAGUACGUACAGCAAUCCUAUAAAGUCAGUGAAUCAUUUCCAUUUAAGUGGAUCAACAAAAAAUGGAGAGAAGGAUUUUAUGUAACUGCUAUGGCUACAGCUGGCAGUAGAUGGGCAAUUGUUAUGUCACGUGGGGCUGGUUAUUCUGAUCAGGUUGUGGAACUUGAUUUCUUGUAUCCCAGCGAAGGUAUUCAUCUAAGGUGGGAAAAUGGUUAUCGCAUCACCUCAACUGCUGCAACAUGGGACCAGGCUGCUUUUGUUCUUAGUGUCCCAAGAAGAAAACCAGCUGAUGAAACUCAGGAGACACUCCGUACAAAUGCUUUUCCUAGCUCUCAUGUCAAGGAUAAAUGGGCAAAGAAUCUCUAUAUUGCAUCUAUUUGCUAUGGGAGAACAGUGUCAUAACCUGCUGAAAUUGAGAUUUCUGGCUGACUUGCCCAAACCCAAACCUGCUUCCUCUGACUUCUAUUUGGGAACUGAAGAUGCUUUCUGACCAAUGUUCUGAACAAUGCAGUUAAGCAUUAAUGUAUGCUAAACUUACUUUAUGGUCACCAUCACAUAUCAUGAUGCAAAACCUGUGCACUGUAUUUCAGCUGUCAAAAAUACUUGAGUUGUGAGUAAAAUUAGAUUGUCAAUCGGGAAGAGUCUUUUGAUAUAAAGUUUGUACAGAUCUGAACAGUAAUUAUUGCUAUGUUGAAGGCAUGUGCACAGGUUAGGCUUUUGUUUACCGGUGGUAUUUAACAAAUAUGAACUUAGAUUUUCGCGUGUGAACUGGACAUUUAAGCUUUGCACCCUUGUACUUGGCCCUCUUUAUUCUAGUCACUUCUGACUUAAAUCUUCUUCUGGGCUUCUCCAUGUCUGAAUUUGACGAAUAGAAAGUUGUUCAUUUUGGCAGCGGUUUGUAAUUGUUUAAUCAUUGUCAUUAUUAUUAUUGCUGCUGCGUUUUUCGUUUGUUAUUAUAGUUUAGUCCCAACACUGUUUGAUUUGUGAGUACAUCUAAUGAAAGUGAAGGAUGCCAAUGCUUUAGUUCAAUUUUUUUUUAAGAAGUAUGUUUACUUUUUUUUCUUUUCCUGUUUUGUUUUUGAAAAUUGUUUUUGCACUAUAAGUUCAAAUUCUUUCUACUUUUAAGAAAGUUGUGGUUUCUACAUUUUCGAUCUAUUUGAUUGUUUUGAAUGGAAUCUAUCUAAGCAUCAUCUCAGUUACUAGAUGUUUCAAAUAUUUUUCACUUAUUUGUGUAGAUAAUGGUGACUUUACUAUUGUUAUUCUAAUUACUUCUUUUGGUUUCCGAAGUCUACAUGAUGGGCUUCUCCUGGUCAGUCGUUCUAUAUGACUGGAUGAUCAUUUUAUGUUCUAACAACAAACAUUGCAAGGUGCACAUUUCAUUCUCUACCGUCUCAAUACUGAUCUGUAUAUUUACUGAGUUACUUGACACGUCAAGCAGGUAUUUAAUUCUGCCUCAAUUAUUAUUCUACUUUUUAUAUCGGGCAGUUAAAAUAUUCUUGUAGCUUGUUUUAUCUAGAUAUGCUAUAUAUGCAUGAAACAUUUAGUGAUUAUCUGGCUUGAUUGCACUGGCUGUUUGUCAUGUUGCUUCACAUAUUUUCUUGCUCAAUAGGAAUUCAGGUUGUUUCGACCAUAUAUUUAACUUCCGUGCCUGUGGCAACUUGCAGAUUUUGGUUGGUCCUUGCAAUGUUAUGUUGUCGGAACAACCUAUAUGGUCAAGGAAAUCAGAAGCUGUUCAAUGAACUGGUUUUUUUGGAACUAUUUGCCGUAUGUUAUUCUCCUUUUUGAAUAUUUGGAUCUUCUUGGGGGAUUUAGGGAGUGGCUUGAACUUCAAAGUUAUGUUCUGAUAAUACCAAAAUUCUCAAAUGUUGAAUAUCACACUACUACAAUUAUUGAUCUUGAAGAGAAAUAGUAGUGUCUCCGUGAGAUGUUUGGUUAAAUAUGAAUGAUAAAAAGAAUAUUUUACAACAAACUCCUUUUCCGUCUUAUCAUCUUAUAAUUAUUUUAGAUAUCAAUUUAUUCAACAAUUGGAUCCGUUACCAUACUAUUAGUCUAGGUUUUAUCUUUUUAACAAUAGAUAAUAUAUCUGGAGCAGUAUGGGCUAAUGAGGCAUAGAGAUCAUAUUGGAAUUGGGAUCCAAAGGAAACUUGGGUUUUUAUUACUUGGAGUAUUUUUGACUUCUUAAAGUGGAAAGUUUCUCUAAUCCCUACUAUAGAUGUGAUUUUCUGGGGUUAUUUUGGUGUACAAUGGUGGUACUCAGAUUAGAGCCUAUGAUUAUCUGUAUGCUUCCCAGUUCCCAAUCACUUUACUGGCUCUAGUGGAUUAUCUUUCACAUCCUGUUCACUAAAAAAAAUGCUAUUUUUAAUUUUAGGAGCUUUUCUCCUAAACUUAUGUAUCUGUCUUUUGUUUCCAAGGGAAUGAAUAGUCCAUAAAAGAUUGGGCUGGGCCCUAGUAAGAGUGUUCUUUUUAAGUGUUGGAUCUUGGCAACUGAUCAAAUGGAGAGCCUUCCUCCCCCUAUUUGCUCAUCUUUUUCCAAGUGCAAUAUUGUAAGAAAUGUAAUAAUUAACCAGAGCAAUAUGAAACAUGAUCAGGUUCUAGAUUUGAGUUAUCGUUUGACUAUAUGAAUAUCAUGCUUGCCUUAAGAGAUACCAACGUAAUUCGGGAUGAUGCAAUGGUAUCCUCUAAACUGAGUCAUGCUGUCUUGCCUUGAUCUAAGAUGGUGACUUUGGAAUACAUUGAUGAGUGUCCUGUGGGAAAGAAAAUACAUGGUUUAUGUCAAUCUGUGUAUGGACUACGCACAAGCCAUAUUUAUUAUAUUCUUUUUUAUGUGGUCAAAUCAUUUUAUGUUGAAUAUCUAUUUGAUUAGGUGUUUCCCCGGCUAUUGAUUCUGGUAUUGGAAAAGCGGUGAAUUAUUGUGGUAUGCAAGGGCGAAUCAUUGUAUCUGGAAGAUGGAAAUUAGUAGUUAAGACUCUGAUGAUGAUGUGGAUAAUGUAUAAUAAAUUUUGUAGUUAGUCAUAAUUAUAAUUGAUGAGUAAAUAGUGUGCUUUUUUUGUUUUU